AUGCUGCUCUACUUGCUUCUCCUUCCUGCCGCCAUCGCGCUCGCUCCAGAUGGUCCUUGGGACUCGUUCAACUACGCACCCAAGUCCAAGACCGUUUACCCCCAAGCUGUAUACAAAAGUGUAGGCACUGUGUCUGGCUCUGGAAAGCUGGUAGGGAAUAUGGGAAGCGCGACUCUGUCCCCAAGUUCAUGGAUCGCGUUGGACUUUGGAAUUGAGGUCGGAGGGCUUGUUUCGCUCAACUUUGACGCCGUCGGCAAUACAUCUUCAGUUUCGCUAUCUUUCACAGAGUCGCCAAUGUUUGUUAACCCGCUCGCCUCAGACGAUUCUUCCUACCCGGCACCCAAUAUGACCUAUGACGGUGUUUUCACGAUCCCUGCACCAUUGUCAAAGGGAUACUGGACUCAGCCUUCUUAUUCUCUACGCGGUGGCUUCCGAUAUCUGACCAUCGUAUCUCAUUCAGAGACCGCUCUCGAAAUCUCCAACGUCUCUUGUGCUAUUUCGUUCAUGCCUCAUGUCGAAAAUUUGAGAGCCUAUACAGGUUACUUUUAUGCUUCAGAUCCUGUGUUCCACGAUCCGGAUUUCCUAACGAAAGUAUGGUAUGCUGGUGCGUACACAGUCCAGACAAACACCGUUCCCCUCCACACCGGCCGACAAGUUCCAUUCGCUGCAGCCGGUAGUUGGUUCAAUAAUGCAACACUUGGCGUUGCGGGUCCCAUAAUCGUCGAUGGCGCAAAACGUGACCGCGCGGUAUGGCCUGGUGAUAUGGGCAUCGCAGUCCCUACCCAAUUCGUCUCCACGUUCGAUUUGAUUCCCACUAGGAAUGCCUUGUCUACUAUGUUUGCCGCUAUCAAUCCCGAAACAGGCGCAUUACCGGAAUCAGGACCUCCUCUCAGCCAGCUCGGCUCGGACACCUAUCACUGCUGGACUCUCAUCGGAACUCACAACUACUAUCUUUAUUCUGGGGAUGACGAUUGGCUUAGCACCAUCUGGACUAAUUAUACCCGUGCCAUCGCUUUCGUGGAAGGCAAAGUAGACAGCACUGGGUUAAUGGACGUCACUGGCCUCCGAGAUUGGGGUCGACUGGGUGGUGGUGGAUACAAUGCCGAGGGAAACGCGAUCCUAUACAAGGCGAGUUCCAUAGUCCUUUUGACAGCCUCAGAUCUAGCGAACUACAUGGGCGACGAAUCUCUCUCCGCAGCUUGGGGAGCAAACGCUACCGCGCUCAAAGCCAAGUUCAACGAGGCAUUCUGGGUGGAAAGCGCUGGGAUGUAUCGAGACAAUUUGACGACAACGCUGCACCCGCAGGAUGCCAACUCGUUCGCCGUCCUUUAUAAUCUUACUCUUUCGGACGAACAGAAGGUCGCCGUGAGCCAAGGUCUGGAAAAGAAUUGGAAUGAUUUAGGACCCGUGGUUCCAGAGCUCCCAGAUACGAUCUCGCCGUUUAUUAGCGGCUUUGAGCUACAAGCCCACUUUGAAGCCGGUCAAGACGACCGAGCAUUGGACCUUUUACGUCGGGAAUGGGGUUACAUAUUAUACACGAACCUGUCUGUGCAAAGCACCCUACUCGAGGGUUUUACGGCGAACGGCUCUCUUUGGUACCGAUCCUACAGAGGAUACAAUUAUGAUGCUGCGUAUACCUCGCACGCACAUGGCUGGUCUUCCGGACCUACUUCCGCGCUGACUUUCUAUAUCUUGGGUCUGACCAUCACGUCUCCCCGGGGUGCUACCUGGUCUCUGAGCCCCCAUAUAAACGGCGGACUUCCUGGCGCCGAAGGUGGCUUUGGAACCUCGCUGGGGUGGUUUGGGGUGAAAUGGGCACUGCAGGACAAUCAGUUCUUCAUGGAGAUCAGUACACCGGAGGGAACCAGUGGCCAAGUGAAGCUACCCAGAAAUGGUUCUGUUGUGGUCGAUGAAGAAGCUGUCGACGUCGAUGCGGAUGGCGAGAUUGCCCUUACCGGAGGGAAACAUAGCGUGGCCAUCUUCAGUUAG